CGCCCGCUUCCAGUCCCUGAGGGAAACAGCGAGGGCGUGAGUGUGUCUUCUGCUGGCUGUUGGCCCCCUCAGACGGUGCCCUGGCAGAGCUCUCCUCGCGGCCCGUCGCCUCCCCUCCUUCCCGGCUCUGGCAACAAAACUCUAGCGCAGAGCCGGGGAAAUGGGCAGGAGUCCUUCCGCGUGGCACCCCCAGGGCCUCCCGCUGGUCUGGAGUCGGCCCGCCCCGAGGGGCGUGAGGAGGGGGCGGGGCUGAGGACUUAGGACUGGGGCCCAGAGACCGCCUCCUGCCGAGUCCGAGCAGGCAGCCCCGUCUGGUGCUGAGAGAGCCAUGACCGCGCUACGGGGGCUCUGGCCCGAGAUGCAGGAUACCUGCACCUCGCUGGGGCUGAUGCUAUCGAUCGUGCUGUUCAUGGGUCUAGCCCGCGUGGUCAGCCGGCAGCAGCUGAACGGGCCCAUGGCCCACGCCUUCGUCUUGGAGUUUCUGGCCACCUUCCAGCUCUGCUUCUGCACUCAUGAGUUACAACUGCUGAGUGAGCAGGAACCCCUUCACCCCACCUGGCCGCUGACGCUAAUCUACUUCUUCUCAUUGGUGCAUGGCCUGACUCUGGUGGGCACCUCCAGCAACCCGUGCGGCGUGAUGAUGCAGAUGAUGCUGGGGGGAAUGUCCGCUGAGACCGGUGCGAUUAGACUGUUAGCUCAGCUGAUUGGUGCCCUGUGCAGCAGGUACUGCAUGGGCGCCCUGUGGAGCCUGGGGCUGACCAAGUAUCACGUCAGCGAGAGGAGCUUCGUUUGCAGGAAUCCCAUUCAAGUGGACUUGCCCAAAGCGGUCAUCAUAGAGGCUGUCUGCUCUUUUAUUUUCCACAGCGCUUUGCUUCACUUCCAGGAGGUCCGAACCAAGCUUCGUAUCCACCUGCUGUCAGCACUCAUCACCUUUUUGGUCUAUGCAGGAGGAAGUCUAACAGGAGCUAUAUUUAAUCCAACUUUGGCACUUUCACUGCAUUUCAAGUGUUUUGAUGAAGCAUUCCUUCAGUUUUUUAUAGUAUAUUGGCUCUCUCCUUCUUUAGGUAUAUUGCUGAUGAUUUUGAUGUUCAAUUUUUUCCUUCCAUGGCUAUAUGACAACCACACAACUAAUAAAAAGGAGUAACUAUUCUAAAAGACUCAGAUAAUUACAGGACAGUCAAGCUGGAUGUGAUAAAGAUUUUAUCACCUAAUAUUCAACACUGGUUGCACUGGAUUCGUCAAUAUUAUCUUCCUUUGAAGAAGCUGCCUUAGAGUUUUCAUCACUGGAACUUAAAAAAAAAUUACUGUGAAAAUGAAGUAUCCUGUGUUUCUCAGUUAAGGCUUGUUCUUUCAAGUGUGUAUUAAAUGCUGCUAGAAAAGACUACAUUAAGUAUAAAUCUCAAGUGAUAAUUGUUAAUUUUGAUGAAAAAGAAACUUGAUGGUGGGACCAAGAAAGAGUAAGUGUAUCAGGUGUCCUCUGAACGAGCAAGAUUUUUAAGCAAAGUACAACCGGUCAUGCUUACAGAACUGGAGAGGGAUACUUUUCAGCCACUACCUCGAACAAUGAUACCAUCAGCAGUGUCAUCUUUCAAUAGGAAAGUUGCUAUCAGAAGUAGAUAUCUACUGAUACUCAAGGGGUUUCCUGAAUUUUAAAUAUAUUCUAAUCUAAAAUAUUUUCUCUAAAUAGGCAAUUUCAGAAGCUUUAGGCAAGCUGUCAUUCUUUAACAGACUUUACUAAAGCACUCAUACAAAGUUUAAGCUCUUCACGUUCUCAUUUGAUUGUAACAGCUACUUUAUGAAGUACGUAGGGCAUGUAUUCUUAAUAUCCGUUUUACAGAUAAGGAAACUAAGUCUGGAAGGGAGUUUACUGCUCUGCCCAAGGUGAAACACAGUCAAAUACCAUCUUUAGACUUCUACUUCAAUACAAAAAUAUCUUCUCAGUUAUCAUUAAGACUGAAGGAACACUGAAGAUUUUGAAGAAACAUUAAAUAUUUUAUAAUGUUACAGUCUGUUUUUUCAGGCUUAAAGAACCUUCAAGUUUUCCUCUAUUAGAAGCUUUCUUUUAUUAAAGUUCAGGCCAUUAAAGGCUAAGUAUGUUUUUCUUCAAAGGAAUUCCAUCAUCAGGGUUAGAAAUGAAAACAAAAAGAAAGAAAAAGUGGGGGGGUGGGGGGAUGAAAUAAGAUCUGUUUGAGUAAUAAUCAAUUAAGCAACUGAUAAACUUCCAGGUGAUUUAAGUGCUGCUUGAUGAUCGGCCUGUGAUAGUCACUCUCCAUAAACCUGCAGACUGAACUCAACAGCUGCAGACUACCCAACAAGGCAGCCAGUUUGAGGAUCAUGGACUUUGACUCUUGAACUUAACAAACACAGACAUAGUAGUUUCUAUUUAAAAAGCAGAGUUCAUAAAAUUGCAACAAUGGCUAAAUGGAAUUUCUGACGUGUUUCAUUUGAUCUGCACAGUAUUUCAAACAAGCUAGCAUUUGUAAUAUUUUUUUAAAACACAAAAAUCCACAGUUCUAGCUUCUCUUGAAAAAAAUAAAAAAGAUGAGUGAACAUUAGGCCUGAAUUCUGCUAUUACAACCACACAAUAUAACUGGUCCCGGGACUUCCCUGGUGGUCCAGUGGCUAAGACUCUGACCUCCCAAUGCAGGGGGCCUAGGUUUGAUCCCUGGUCAGGGAACUAGAUCCCACAUGCCUCAACUAAAGAUCUCGCAUGCCAUAACUAAGACCCAGUGCAGCCAAAUAAAUAAGACUGGUCCCUUUAAAAUAAUCCUUUUGCCACUCCCUAUGUCUUCCAAACAUGAAGCUGAAUUUCACUUGUUUCAUGGCUUUUUCCAUAAUUUUUAAAAAUUCAUAUCUCUUUAUCAUGAGACUGUGGUUUAAGAAAACUGAGUAUUAACUUGUGAAAAUACCCAGCUCUCUAAACUUCACUUCUCAGAAUUAGAGGUUAUAACUUCUGAUGACAUGAUUUGCCCCUGCAGCCCUCUCAAAUGGCAGCUUAGCUCUGUUCUCUGCUGCCUCUAUUAAUAACGUCAUCAGACCAUGCCAUCUUCUACCUGGGUACUCCUUACUGCAAUUCUAUCCACUGUAUCUAUUCUAUCUACUGUACAACCCCCUCAAUUCCUUCUUGAUCUUUUAGGAAUAGAGUUCCUUUCUCACUCAUUCUCUACACUACUCCAGUUACAUUUUCUGGUGAUUUCAAUACUUACAAAGAUGAUCCUUCCAGUAUCUUGGCCUCCCACUUCAUUGGCUGAACUUGAAAGGCUCUCCAGUAAUUUUUCCUUUCUCUUCUGCCUCAGCUACAAAUUUGGUCAUAACCUUGAGCUUGUCAUUACCAAUAACUCAGACUCUUCUCUGACCUCAAACACCUCUUUCCCCAACCACUAACCCCUCUCCAGCUCACUUCAUCCUACUUUCUUUAUCUCCAAUGAUACUUUGAACCCCCAUGGGGAACUUGGGUCCAUUGAUACUACCACCUUUUCACAUCUCUCUCCCCUAUCAAUUACUUUCUUCUGAAGCAGCUUAAAUUACACUCUUGCAUAGAAUCUUAAUUCCCUUGUUCCUCUAAAUCCUCAUACUCACAUGGCUUAAUCACAAUAUAAUUAAUUCCAACUGUCUACUUAUUCCAUGCCUGCCUCCAUACAUGAAAUAUAAGAAAAACUGGAUAGCAGUAGGACAGUUCUUUCAAAGAUUUUUGCUAUAAACAAAGAAAAUGUGGGUGGUAUCUAAAGGGGGAAAUUGGAUCAAGAAAGAAUUUCUUUUUUUAAGGUGGGAAAGAUAUUGGCAUGUUUACAUGCUGAGAGGAAUGAUGCAGUAGAGAAAGUGAUGAUGUCAGAAAGGGAGGGGAGAUUUCCCAGGUUCAGUUUUUAAUAGGUAAGAAAAGAUAAAAGCAAGUGUGCAACUGAAGGGGCAGGCCUUAGCUAGAAGCACACACAGAUGGUUCAUAGUAACAAGACAGAAGGGAAGAAUAUAUGGGCAGAAGAAGAGUUAGGUAAGCAGAUGUGAUGAUGUGAGUCUGAAGAAGUUCAAUUUUCCUCUUCCCAUUUUUUUCUUGAAGCAUUCUAGUCAGGCCUUCAACUCCACCAUCCCACUGAAAUUCUUGCCAAGGCUAUCAAUGACUUUAACGUUGUUAAGUCAGCGUCUCAGCCCUCUCACACAUCAGCAGCAUUUGCUAGUUGAUUGCUUUCUCCUUGUGAAUCACUCCAGGUCCCCAAAUCAUUGCCUUCUCAGUUUAUUCUUCCUCCUUUGCUCCAAAUGACAGCUUCCCAGGGCUCAGUCCUCUGAGAUCUUUUCUACUUCUACUUGCUCCCUUGGUAAUUUUACCCAAUCUUGUGGUUUUAUAGCAACUGUAUCAUAACUGCCAAAUUUCUAUGUCCAGCUUAUACAACUGUCCUGAACUCCAGACUCAUAUCCAUCUGUAUGUGCAACAUUUAUACUUUGUUGUCUAAUAUAUAACUCAAUACAUGCAGCUCUAAUUAAUUCAAAUUGCAGAGUAUAUCCAUUCUAUUGGUGGCAUUUGUAGU